UGUACAUCUAACUAAUAUCAGUGGCACUUUGGCACUUUGUCACCGUUGCCAAAAGAAGGUCUGAGGAAAGCGAUAAACGCUGGCAUAAUUUGACGGUUGCGCCCAUGCAAGCACACACCUCUCCAAAUUCACGCGAACGCCUUCUUGAAUGUUCUGCUGGCUUGUUUCACACAGAUUACUGUAUUCUCCACAUUAGAAAACACACAGACAGCAGUGAAUAUGAGGAAGUGACUCCUUAAUUAUCACAGGAAGCAGACGCUGUAUUAUUUUUCAAGAAGCAGCUCAUGAGAUACUUUGACAGAUGAUAGUGAGACCGACAGAAAAGAAUAAUGGUUGAAUACAGAUGGAUUACUUUUUCUUUAUUUCUGAUGCUUGUGUUUAAUUUUCCAGCAGCAACUUGGACACAUUCCUCCUUCAAUGCCAGAGUUGGAGAUGAAGUCACUUUGUCUUGUGAAAAUAUGAUAGUUGAUCAGGAUAAGUGUGACAGUAUUAACUGGGUCUUUGGUGAUACAAGAAAAAUAGUAACGCUGUUUGCACGUGGGCAGAUUCACAGAGCCAACACUAAAUCAGACAGACUGAGUGUUACACAGAACUGUUCUCUGGUUGUGAAAAAUGUCACAGCUGAGGAUGUUGGUUACUACACCUGCAGAAGGUUCAUAUCAGGAAACCGUCGAGAUGCUCAUGUGUAUCUCUCUGUUAUUACCAGUAAGGCUGCAACAACGACAACUACAAUAUCACCAACAACCAUUAAAUCAACACCGACAACAGGAAACAUAUGGACAACAAUGCAAAUCAGCACAUCAGAAGGGACAAAAGAUACAGCAUCUACAAACAAACAUAAUGGAACAAAACAAGGUGAUGCUGCAACAAUGGCAACUACAGUAUCACCAACAACAAUGAAAUCAACAUCGACAACAGGACACAUAUGGACAACAGUGAAAAUGAGCACAUCAGAAGGGACAAAAGAUACAGCAUCUACAAACAACAAUAAUGAAACAGAACAAGUGUGGUGGCGGUUCGUCAUUGUGUUUGUGGCACUCUCAGCACUCUUAAUAAUCCUUCUGGUUGUCACCAGAUGGAAUAGAAAUAAAGGAGAAAAAAAACAGAUGGAUGAAAACAUGGAGCACAAUGACAAAGAUGAAGAUGAUGGUAUUGUGAACUAUGUAAACGUUGGAGACCCUUCUGUCUCUGUCAGACUCUGAUGAUCAUCAACAUCAACUUACCAGAGAAAUUAGUCCACUGCUGUUAAAUAUAAAGUAGAUAACCACAGACUCUUAACAUCAGUUUAAGAUUUUGGAUGACUGAAUGUUAUUUUUAUUUAUCAAUAUGUUUUCUGUACCAAGCCAUGUGUACUUUACUUUGAGCUGGACAAAGAUGCCCGAGUCUUGAUAUUAGGUAGCCCACUGUGAGUUUUUAAAAUACCCUUUAUUGCCUCAGUUGUAAAAUGUUUUUUUUUAAAUCUUAAGUCAGUCUAGAGCUGGAUCUUAACUUAAUAUAACAGGAAAGAUAAUUUAUUAUUAUUUUAUAUUCAUUUAUUUCUCAUUUAAUAUCUUCAACAUAUAUACUCACGUAACCAUACCAGCCAGUUCUCAUUCCCAACUUGUCAAAUGUGGCAGCUUGGUCGUCCCACACUUCGAGGUAUGACACUUUAGGUGUCCCUUUAGUGUAAUUUCUGGAUGCACCUGUCUAGUGUAAUAUCCUGAUGUGCCAUUGAAGUCAGGUGACGUACUAUCAAGAGCAGCAAAGUCUGCAUUUAGAAGUGGUUGGGGUGGAUUGAUCGGUCAAACAAACACAGAACUUUCAACAUGCUUAUUUUAACCCAAACAUGAUCUUUUCCUAAAUGUAACUAAGUAGUUUUGUGCCUAAACCAAACAAAUAUGGUUUGCCAAACCAAACUGCGCCUGUUUACACUUAUAAAAUUUAGGGUUUUCUCAGUAUACUGUAUUUUAAAAAGUGUAACUGGAUCGGUUGCAUAUUUAUUAUUGCUAACUUGACGGCACAGAGCCCUUCGUAUGCAGAAAAGAUGCUAGGAGGCUACCUAUAGUGUCAUAGUUUAAAGCAUAGGGCAACUGAGAAAGCUGCUGUGUGACGAAUUGGGAGUGAAAAUGUGUUGUCUAUGCACAUGUUUAAGAUAAGAUAAGAUAUUUAGGAGAUACUUAGGGGAAAUUAUGCUGUUGUUGUAUAUACAAUACCUGAUAUAUAGUUUGUACACCGUUUUUCUUUAUAUUCUUUAUAUAAUGUCCUACUAGUAUGUACUUGUCCUUAUACUUGCACUGCCUACAGCAACUGCAGUGCAUGCAUGUUCUUAUCUACCUGUAUUGUUUAUUCUAUAUGUUAUAUACUGUAUGUUAAGUGAAAGCAGCUGCAAAAACUUGUCUGGCCACCCCAGCUGUAACCCCAGUUUAGUAUUAAAUUUAACAGAUGCCA